CUCGUUCGCAUCCCCCGCUCAAUCACUCAGCCUCCGCUCGUCAGGCAAAUGUCGACGCCGUAUAACGUACCCCUCGUGAAUCCCGAUAAAACCCCAGAGGACGGCCAUGCGUGCAAAAGUAUUCACGCCUAUCUCAACUCCAGCAGACGCGAGAGCAGCACGUUGAGCUCUGCACCUGCAACCACAGUCAUGGUCGUACACGCCGACUUCGUGAAGAACAACGAGGAGUAUGCCGCUACGUUCGGCGAGAAGAGCUCUCUGCCACUGGCGCCUGCGAAGAAGCUAGCCAUCGUUACGUGCAUGGACGCACGCAUCAAUGUUUACGCCGAGCUUGGCAUCCACGAGGGAGAUGCUCACAUUAUCCGCAAUGCCGGAGGCAGCGCUAAGGACGCACUGCGUUCUAUCAUCAUCUCCCAGCGUCUUCUAGGCACUCGCGAGAUCGCCGUCUUCCAUCAUACGGGCUGUGGCAUGCUCACCUUCAACACGCAACAACUACGCAAGCUCGUGAAAGACUCCGAUCCGAACAACGAAGCGCUCAAGGCUGUUGACCAGAUUGAUUUUCUGGAGUUCCCUGAAAUUGAACAAAGCGUGAGGAGCGAUGUCCAGUAUCUCAGGGAGAAUCCGCUGGUUCUCCCGGAGUCAAUAAUUACCGGAUGGGUCUUCGAGGUUGAAACAGGAAAAGUCCGCCAAAUUGUUUGACACGGAGUACACUCACAUGCACACGGUCCCAGCAUGUCCG